AAUUCAAUUGCUUGCUGUCGAAAUUUGCAUAAUAUUAUUACAUACACUACACAAGUAAACAUUCUCUGAAAAUGUCAUUGCAACAAGCUUUGGAUGAUUGCCUCAUCGACUUCGACAGACGUGUGCUGGUCACCGAUUUGCUGGAGGAGUACAAAUUGACGUACAAAGAGGCGCACGAUAAGCUUGAGGCGCAUAUUAAACAGCAGGAAAAGUCGAGUGCUAUCAAAUACGAGAAACGCUUUGUGGUGCAUGGCACACUGGCAAACGAUGAGGGCGAGCUGUAUACGAUUGUGCAAGGCGAUGACAAAUUAAGGGAAUGGCUAGGCAAAUUGGAAAACUCGCAAUACCACCUGUAUUCCGUGGAGGUGGCUGGCGGCUCCAAGAGUGCUGCGCCCAUUUUCAAACCCAUGCAGCAUAUGGAGGUGAAGCUGGCAAAGGUGGACCAGCGGUCAGGCGUUAAACCAUUAACUAAUGGCGUUAGCAAUGGUGUUCAUAAGCCAGUAGAGACUCCAAAGCCCGCCAACAUCAAGGAAGAGCCCUCAAAGGCUGAGGAGCAGAAGAAAACGCCACCAAGCGAUCAAAAGGGUAAAGCGAAGUCAACAACAGCGACAGCGAAGAAGGGCAGCAUCGGCAGCUUCUUUGCCGCAGCUCCAGCUGCCAAAUCGCAGCCAGCCAAGGAAACAAAAGCAGCUGCAGCCAAGCCAGCGGCGGGCGGCAUGGACAACUUCUUUAAGAAGCAACCAAAGGCGAGCAGUAGUCAGACCAGUAGCGCACCGAAGGAAGCAUCGCCCGAACAGAAGAAUAACUCCGUUCAGCUGUUUGCUGAGGAAAGCGAAGCCUCGUCUGAUGAGGAGGAAAAACUGGACAAGCUGCGACGCUCUGUGAUUGGUUCAGGCGACGAGUCAGACGAGACGGACGCAAAGCAGAGAGCAAGCAGCAAGCGUCGUCGCAUUGUCGACUCCGAUGAUGAGGAGCAGCCACAAAAGAAAUCAGCCGAGAAGGAAAAGCCGCAGCAGGCGGAGGAGAAGUUGGCGCAGGCAGAGGAGGAGCCAAUGGAUGUGGAGGCGGCAACAAAUGAAACAUUUCUGGAUGAUGAUGGCUUUGUCAUAACGGUAAAGGCCAAGAAACCAAAGCAACCAGUUCAGAAAAAGGCAGCGACUGCAGCAGCUGCGCCAGCUACAAAGAAAAAAUCACCGCCGGCAGCUGGAAAAGGCGCAAAGGAGACACCCAAAGUGAAGCAGGGCAGCAUUACGAGCUUCUUCGCCAAAAAGUGAAUAAUCGAACAGCUAAUUGUAGGGCUUCAUUAAAUGUUUAGUUUAAGAACAA